AUGGGAAGACAUCCGUAUAAGAAAAGGAACCAGGCGGUUGCUAUAACGCGACCUACUACUGUGGAAGUUCAGAGAUUCAUACCCACUAAAUAUGAAACUCCUGUGAUGACAUUGAAAAAUUUCCCAUCAUCAAUAGUCAAUGGUGUCACUCGUGAAGGUGGAUUGUAUUCGCUCACGCUAAAGUCGAUAAAUUGUGCCAAGUAUGUGGAAAACAACGACAAUAUGAGACGUAUAUUUAAGAAAAGACGGUUGGAAAUACCGAAGGUUUCACAUUUAAACCGUAACGACCUCUUGGAAAAGUUGCGCAAGGAUGUUCAAAAGGAAAAAGAAACCAAAGUUGAUUUGAAAAAGGAAGAGAAUGACAAAAUAACGGCGUUGAAUAAAGAGUGGGAUUCGCUAUUAAACAGUGUUUUAGAUUUAAGUGAAUUCAACGACAAAUUGUUGCAGGAUAUAGAGUCAGAAGGUAAAAGGUUUAGAUUCAUCGAAAAGGCAUACUCGAUCACCAAUGACGUUACCAUCCCUGACUUGCGUGUUGAAAAAAUUGAGCAAGUGAAAGAUCUUGACGCUACAGAAUACUACCAAGCUCCUUUACAAGUUGUCGACACCGAUGAAAAGACAGUAAGCAACGAAAUAGAACAAGACGAUGGAGAAGUCGCCGUGACUCCCGAUGUGGUAGGUGAUCUUGCAACAUAUCAGGAUUAUGCCGUUCCUGAAACGAAACUCAAUGAUAGCUACACUCAAUAG